AUCCAAAAUUCAUUCAUGCUAACUAAUAACAUUUGGGGGAACACUCCGCGGGGAAUAUUGGAAGAAGGCAUUCAUUCAACCAAUCCUCUGCUCUGUUAUUACCCUAUUUCGCCUUCAUUUUUCGGCUCACCAAUCCUCAGAUUCCGCUUGCAGAUAUUCCCUUGUGAACCAUUCCAACAAACAAGUGUUCCUCUUCAUCUGAACCAGCGUCGCCAUCCCAGGUUUAACUUGAUUUCUUCCUUCAGAGUUUGCACUUGUACCAUUCAUCCCAUUGGAAACGCAUUGUUUCGAGGUGAAUCAGAAGAAUCAUCAUGUUGGCUCGUGUUAUGAAUCGUCCUCGUCAACCAGAGGAGGUUGGCAAUGAACAGAUCAAGAAGGGAAACUCCAUCAAGUUCAAUGCCCAACGGUUUGUGACGAAACAAAUGGGAAAACUGCUGUCAGAGUACGCCAUUGGAGACAUGUUGGGAUCGGGAGGAUUUGGUGAAGUCUACCUCGGGAAACACAAAAAGUCUGGUGCUGAAAGAGCCGUGAAAGUGAUCACCAAGUUGCCGAGGAAGGAUGAUCCCGGCAAUUUGGCCGUCCUGCACGAGUUUGAUGUUGUCCGAAAGUUGGAUCAUCCCAAUAUCCUCAAGAUGUACAAUCUUUACCAAGAUGAAGCAUACUUCUACAUUGUGACUGAUAUCUAUAAGGGAGGAGAUCUCUUUGAUGAGAUUAUUAAGAGGACAAAAUUCACGGAGAAGGAUGCCGCCGAGCUAAUCAAUCAACUGUUGGGUUGCGUCAACUAUAUUCACAAGCAGGGGUUGGUCCAUCGCGACUUGAAACCCGAGAACAUUCUCUUGGAGGAAAACAUGGAAAUGGACGACAUGAAAGUGAUUGAUUUUGGUCUGUCAGCGGCUUGGAACGAAGGAGACAACAACUUGCGUGACAGCGUGGGCACAGUCUACUACAUGGCUCCAGAAGUCUUGCGCCAACGCUAUGGGGCCAAGUGUGACGUCUGGUCCUGCGGUGUCAUUGCAUUCGUUUUGCUAUCUGGGACUCCCCCCUUUGACGGAGCAACCGAUGAAGACAUAGAAAGAGCUAUCAUGAAGGGCGACUUCAAGUUCAAGGGGCGGGUGUGGGAUGCUGUGUCGGAUGAUGCGAUGGACUUUGUUGAUCUUCUGCUGGCAUAUGACCCUCAGGAACGUCCCACUGCCGAAGAGGCCCUACAGCAUCCCUGGUUGCGAAACACUCGCGAGAGUGUUGCGUCUUCAUUCAAGAAACGAGCUUCCGAUACGACGAGGGCCUAUCUGAAUAACUUGAAGAACUUCAACUCGACCUCCAAGCUGAAGCAGGCGACAUGCGCCUUUAUUGCCUCUCAAUUGCUUCUGAAGCAGGAAAAGGAAGCAAUCGAUGAUGUUUUCCGUGCCUUGGAUACCAACUGUGAUGGAAAGCUCACCAAGGAAGAAGUGAUCACUGGGUACUUCGACUACUACGGGUUGAUGUUGACCGAUGAAGAAGUUGACCAAAUGUUCCAACAAAUCAACUAUGCCGGAACAGGCGCCAUCAGCUACUCGGAGUUUGUGGUUGCUGCAAUGUUUGAAAAGAAUUUGCUUGACAACUCCAAGUUGCAAGCCGCCUUUGCCAUGUUUGACUCUGAUGGAGAUGGCGUUAUCUCCCUCGAUAAUUUCAAGUCGGUCCUCUCCUUCUUUCGCGACGAAGCCGAUGGAGACGACAACAUGGACGACUAUAUCCUGAAGAAAGUGAUUCAGGAGGUUGACACGGAUGGGGACGACAAGAUUUGCUACGAGGACUUUCAGGAAAUGAUGUUCAAGACAGUUGCUGUUGCAAACCCGCCUGCCACGGUGUCAGAUCCUGUGAUUGCGUCCCCACCGACCACCCCCACAACAACCCCGAAAAAGCCCAAGAAAGGUCACGUUCGUCAAAAGUCAGUCGUCGACGUUCGUGGUUCUGGCUCUAUCAUGGCCAUCUUUGCCGACGCCGUUGCCCAUGUCACCCCCAAACGACACCGCCGCAACCACUCGCAUCUGUCUCAUUUCAUGAGUGGAGGUCCCCUGGACUUUGAUGCUACUCUUGGCGUCAUUGGUCCAUCGCACAAGAAAUCCGCUACUAUGACGGUGCUGCCAAACCUGAAAGAGUAGCUAAGACGCCUGGACUGUUUCAGUGGUACCACCCAGUUCUCGGUACGGGUAUUGAUGGAUGGUGACGAGCGAUUCAAGGAGCGUGCAAUGCAUUAUUGGCAAAGUCUAUGCAUAUGUAUGUGCUACCUCUAGAGCUAGCCAGGAGACAGCGCUUUGUAUGCAAGACUUCAUGUUGUACCGGUAUAGCAAGUAAACAUAGAUGAUCCAGUACAUGUCGUGUAACUCGAAAGAUCCUACUGGUAUCAACUUCAGUACUAGCUAGCUAGCCAGAGAAACCAAUGCUGCAAGACCAAUACUAGCUAGUAGUAGACCUGCUGGAACUGGGAGUAAUUACGUUGUGCAGAUUAUCUCCGCAGCGCGGUGUGUGAACUGGUGCGUACGUACGUACCGAGCAGAUUCGAGUGUGAAUAAUUCCUUCGGUCCCAACUGGGACAGACACUUCACUACUGGGUCAUUUUUUGAAGCGAGGACACACAACCCAGCGGGGAAGGAUGCGGGUCUGCGCUUGUUUGGUGG